AUGAAACUUAAUGUUCACCUUGAAGGUGCUAGUGAAGGUGAUAAGGUUAAAGCAAAGGAGAAUAAUGAAGGGCCUGGUGAUGCUAAUAAAACUAACGAGGAAGAGCUUGAUGAGGGAAAUAAGGCUAUUGAAGAAGAGUCUGAUGAUGGUAAUAAAGGUAAUGAACUAAAAGGGUCUACGGAUGAUGAUGAUGAGGACGAGGAAAGUAUUCAGAAUGGAGGUGAUAAACACUUGCUUUCUAAUAAAUCUUGUCUUCUUUGGUAG